CUCCAGUGUGUUGAGUGGCCAGAGGCGGGCUUUAGUACUACACAGUGUCAGGGAGAGGAAGAGUGUGCACCUCAGAGCUGUCAUCUACUGUACUAGAGCUUUAACUCUGUUGUUUCUCUGGAUGUUUAUCUGACAUUUCCUGGAGGAGGAAUCAAUCUGUCUGUGCCACCUAAAGGAAACUUUUUUUUUUUUUUAAAGAUCUAAAGGAAGUUUUGGUUUCUCGGCUGAUUUAGACAGAGCAUCUCAGCUGAGACUUGGCGGUGCCGCGUACGCAUGGAGGCUGAUCGGUGGAGACUUUCUGUCUUGUUCUGAGGUCACCGGUCGUCAUUCCAAACCAGCAUCAUCUUCUGCAGGCCCAAAACAGUUUUCCGACUUCACCACAGUGCAUAGGCCUUUCAUUCAAGGAGCCUGGAGCUGCAGAAAAGUAGAGAGAGAGAAAAUAAACAGCUUAAAAAAGACGCUUUUCAUGAAAACCUGAAAGGCAAAUACUGCAAGUUGGCUGGCAGUCCUGAGGAGGCAUGUGGACAAUGAGUAUGGCUUGGCUCUGUCUUGCAGCCUACACUAUCCUCCUUGUUGGUUCCUUUCAUACAGCUGUCACGGAAAGCGAUGUCACUCCACGCCUCACCUUUUCCUACAAUGCGAAGGAGAGGACAACCAGAAGCUUCUCAGUCGGUGGAGCCUUCAACUACACCGCUCUCCUCCUCAGUAAAGAAGACAACACGUUGUACAUUGGUGCUCGGGAGAUUCUCUUUGCACUCAACCUCACUGAUAUCAGUGCAGUCAAGCUACAAAGAAAUCUCACAUGGAAAACUCCAGAGAGGAAGAGAGACGAGUGCAGUUUUAAAGGCAAAGACCUGCAGACGGAUUGCUUCAACUACGUCAAGAUUUUACUACGCAUGAACAGCACUCAUCUGUAUGUGUGUGGAACAUACGCCUUCAGCCCCACCUGUGCUUACAUAAACACUGCAGACUUUUCCCUUGUCAAGAGUGAUAAUGGGGAGAUUGUUACAGAAGAUGGACGAAGCCGCUGUCCUUUUAACCCUGAAUACAAGUCCACUGCCAUCAUGGCUGAUGGAGAGCUAUAUGCUGGUACAGUCAGUAAUUUCCAAGGAAAUGAACCCAUCAUUUACAAGAGUCUAAGCCAAGGAACUACUCUAAAAACAGAAAACUCACUCAACUGGCUUCAAGACCCGGCAUUUGUUGGCUCGGCCUACAUACAGGAGAGCCUGCCCAAGGGCAACCUAGUGGGCGAUGACGAUAAGAUUUACUUCUUCUUCAGUGAAGCAGGAAAAGAGUUUGAUUUCUUUGACAACACCAUUGUGUCACGCAUUGCUCGUGUGUGUAAGGGCGACAUGGGAGGCGAGAGGGUUCUGCAGAAGAAGUGGACAACAUUCUUGAAGGCUCAACUCUUGUGUUCUCUGCCAGAUGAUGGCUUUCCCUUCAACAUUAUCCAAGACAUGUUUGUGCUGACACCCAGCCCCGAUGAUUGGAAGAACACUGUGUUUUAUGGAGUCUUCACGUCUCAGUGGUAUAAAGGUGCUUCGGGAAGCUCUGCAGUGUGUUCUUUCACUAUGGACCAAGUAGAAAAGGCGUUUCAGGGGCGAUACCGUGAGGUCAACCGAGAGACUCAACAAUGGUACACAUACAACCAUCCGGUCCCAGAGCCUCGGCCUGGAGUGUGUAUCACAAAUGCUGCCAGGGAACAGGGGAUCUCGACCUCGCUGCACAUGCCGGACAAGGUGCUGAAUUUUGUCAAAGACCACUUUCUGAUGGAUAGCGUGAUCCGCAGCCAGCCUCUUCUGCUCAAACGCAACCUUCGCUACACACAGAUUGCUGUCCAUAGAGUCCAGGCAGCAAAAAAGGCGUAUAAUGUACUCUUCAUUGGCACAGAUGAUGGCAGACUUCAUAAAGCCAUUAAUGUCAACAAUAAGAUGCACAUCAUUGAGGAGAUGGCGCUCUUCAGUGAUUCCCAACCAGUGCAACACAUCGAGCUGGACACCGAAAAGGGCCAGCUUUAUGUUUCCUCUUUCUCUGAACUGGUGGAGGUCCCAGUAGCUAACUGCACUAAUUAUCAGAGUUGCGGGGAGUGCAUCCUCUCCAGGGAUCCUUACUGUGCCUGGAACGGGAGGAAGUGUGUGGAUGUCAGACAGGCUCCCCCAAACAAUGCCUGGCAACAGGAUGUAGAUGAAGCAGACACAUCAGCUAUUUGCGACACAACAGUGCCAAGCCCACGGUUUGCUAAACCUUCACCCACACGAAUGGUUUUAUGCCAGGUGAUCAUUAUCCCAGCCAACACGUUCAAAGUACUCCCUUGCAAGCUACGCUCUAAUUUGGCUGAAAGGAAGUGGGAGUUCAGUGAGAGCGCAGGUCACUUCCAUUACCCCAGCCCAGAGGGGGGGUUAGUAGUGGUAGCUCAAGCUGACAGGCAGGAAACCUACGAGUGCUGGUCAGUGGAGGAAGGCUUCAGACAGCUGCUAGCAAACUACUGUGUGAGGGGCGAGGCCAAGCACGAGAGCACCACCCUGACAGGCCGUUCACGUACGCCACAGGUCUCCCAGGAAGAAUUUAUCAUCCUGCCAGGGGAGACCCGCUCGUCGCAGAUCAACGCUAAGACCUACUGGAACGAACUAAUAGUGGUGUGUGCCCUCCUGGCGUUUUCUCUGGUGGUCUUUUCUCUAUUUGUGGUGUACAGGAACCGUGACCACAUGAAGUCCAUGCUCAAGGAGGGAGAGUGCCCCAACAUGCAGCAGAAGAAGCCCAGAAUUGUGGGGAAACCAGUUGAGAACUUGCCGCUAAACGGCAACACAGUCACAACGUCGGCGUCAGAUCACAAGGGCUACCAGACCCUUAACGACAACUACAUAUGCAGCACUCCACCGCACGAGUGCUUGUCGCCUGACAACAGCAAGAGCUUCUCAGAGUCAGAGAAGCCGCCUCUGAACUUGAGAGAGAGCCAUGUAGAGAUUUCUUCCACAUGUCCACGGCCAAGAGUCAGACUGGGCUCUGAGAUUAAAGACUCUAUAGUGUGAGGCCGGCUUCUUAUUGUGUGGAGUGACAUUUUAAACUGAAAGGAAAGAGUGCACUUGCUGAGAGACAUAAAACCCUAUAAGAGGGAAAACUGAGGAUCAUUAGACUCUUCAUGGAGAGACAUUUCAUUACACAGAUUUUGCACUUGUUCUGUCCCUGAGGUCUAUGUUCAUUUAAUUUUGUUUUCCUCUCACUCCCCCUUAUUCGAGUGCAUUCAAAGCACGCUGAAGAAGUUCCAGUUUGCCUUCAGACUUUUGACGCUAUCACAUACUGCUCACAGGAAUGUAACAAGCGUAGAGGGGGUGUCACAACUAUAUGAUUCAGUGAUUGGAUUUCAUAGCAUUGCCACUCAGUCCGUCCAUAUAAUCAACUGGUAAUGCUUUAGAAAGCAAACCGAUAUUCAAACAUGUUCCCACUGCUGGCUUACAGGGUUUGCUGUUUAAUUUUAAUUCUGUCCUUUGGUAAGAGCCCACCAUUCGCUGAGGCUAUGCACUGUGUACUCUACUGUAGCGAGGCAAACGCUCUCACCAGAAUAUACAGUACACUAACAGUAAAGUGGCAGGCAAGAAAAAAAAAAAGUCCUGUCAUAGAUUUUAUUUUGAUAGCCAAUGUGCAUUCAUCAAAGUAUACUCAUUGUUUAGGCGUGAAUAUAACACAGCAACGUAGAAAGAAUUAAGAGCAGAAGAGUUGUGCCAACAAAAAGGUUGUUUUAAUAAAGACCAUUAUUUAGCAUUAUUUAUUAUUUAAGUGACAGAAAACACGAACAAGGAAUCAACUCAGUGGAAAUGUUGUAGAAACUCUUACCACCUCAAUCACUACACACCAAAAAACAUGAACAUGAUAUAGUUAUGAAUGAAGACACUGUAUGCUUUCUCUAAAGUAUUGGUAUUAUAAGUAGAUACAAAUGUUCCUCUGUGGAAGUCUGACUUUCAACAGGUGUUUCUUUCACCAAAUGUUGUAAAGGGAAAAAAAUAUCAUUCCAGGUAUUAUCAUGCUGUUCUUCAUGAGAUAGGCAGUCUAUGCAAAGCAAAUAAUGUGAAGUGGGGUAAACACCAAGAACACCUCACCUCGAGACUUAGUAAGCACAAAGGUGUUGGCGCUGUUAAUUACUUUAGGAUCAGUGGCACUGCAAACACACACCAACACACACAUUUGCUCUCAUUACACUAACUAUAAGUAUGCAAGAGAGAUUUUAGCCAUUUUGGUGUAUUUUAGUGUGGAAGAUUGACCAAUUGUUUCUUUUACAGAGAGACAUUUUUCAUAGUCAUUCUUUAAUGUUACAAAUAUCUAUCAUCAAUUUUCUCAAAGGGAAAUCAUAAAUAUUUAAAUAGUACACCUAUUCAUAAUCUGAUUAAAUAAAACGCAUCUGUAUAGCCUCAACUUUGAUACACAUAUUAAUUGAUGAGUGUUAACAAAGGGUAGAAAAUGCCCCAUGCUUGCUUAAAUGGUUUUAAAUAACCAUAAAAGCAAUACUUUUCAUUCUCAUCCGGUAAUAAACAUUAGAAUUUUUAAUUGUGUUGAUUAGCCAUUUCCUUAUUCGGAAAUAAUUAAUUCAAACCUUAUUGUUUACUAAAUUUGAGUCUGAUGUUGGAGUAACUUGAAAGCAUUUUUAUACAAUAUUAUUUAAGUCUUACUUGAGUUUGGCUCUAGUAUUGUAAUGUGGCCAGAAAAGUUUAAAUUUCACAAAAAUGCAGGAAGGCAUACUGCUUGACUCAGAAUGCAUAGGAUUUGCACAUGAUGUUGAAAAGCCUUAGUAUAAUGCAGGUUAUGGAUUUGAUAACAAAUCUGAAACGGAUAAUGCCUUUUGAAACAAUAACCAAGAGAUGUGCCUCUUGGGAUAAUAAACUAACCAGGUAGUAGUGCUGUAGAGUCAAAGGCUACUCCGUAGGUGAGAUAGGACUGGCCAUGCUCAGAAACAAG